UUGAAACCUGAAAUGAAAGUGUUUCGAGAAGAUUGAAAUGGACUCAAGAUUUGGGGUAAGGAGCCUAAUAGGAGUAAAACAAUGAUAAAAGCCCAAAAUAGGAGUGAGAAGAUUAAAUCCCACCAAUAGGAGUCGCCGUUAGCCAUCAUAACCUGUCUCCGUUACCAGUAGCUGUCAAAGCCAAUCGAAUUACCCGUUAGCCAUCAUUAGUUCUUCUUCGAUCAGAGCGCCAAUUCACAAUCGAAAAAACAGAUAAAUUCACAAUUCCUCUGCUUCACAAUUCAAUUGCUUCCCAAAUUUUCUACUUCGCAUUGCAUCUUAAUCGGAGAAGAUGACGGACGAAGAGGACACUCGAUCGGAUGAAAUUGCUGAUGAAGAUAAGCGACCUGCGACAAAGCAAAUGGCGAAGCGAUCGAAGGUAUCACGUAAAUUUGUGAAGAAAGGUGAUACAGCACAGCCUAAAGAUGGAGGAAUUAACACUUAUUGUAAUGUGCUUGAGACCGUACGUAGAAUUAAAGGCGUGUUGAGAAAGGAGGAGCUUGAAGUCUUUAGAGGCACGGUUUUUGGAAAACUGUUGGAUGUUCCUGAAGUUAGAUGGAUUAGUAAUGGGCUCUUAGUUGGUCUGUUAGAAAGAUACAAGUUACCAAAGCAAGGAAUAACUGGAUGUAAAGAAAUGAAGUUCAAAAUAAAGGGGAGAAAAGUCUUGUUCACAAAGCCAGAGUUUGAACUUAUUGCAGGACUGGGAGGCAGAGGGAAUAGGAUAACUUUGAAUGAUGAAAGGUUGGGUGACUUCGGGUUAAGGUAUUUCAAUACGGGAAAAUCUGUUCAGCGAUGUCAUAUUACGGAUGCACUGCUGCAACACAACAAAGAUGACCCCGGAGUAGAAACUGAUGAUGUUGUAAAGCUAGCAUUGCUGCAUCUGUUGGGCAAUGUUAUGUUUGGGCACGAGUCAUGUGUUAGUUUUCCUAUUGGAUACAUUAACCUAGUAGAUGAUUUGGAUGCAUUCGAUAAAUUCUCAUGGGGUGAAGUUAUAUGGGAAGAGUUGUUAACACAUGCUGGGAGAUGUGCACAAUCCCUUAAAGCUCGUGGAAGGGGAAGAGUGACGUUUGGAGGGUUUGUCUUUUCCUUACAGGUAUGGGCAUUUGAGAAAUUUCCUUCCUUGAGAGAGUCGGGGCAUUGUCAAAUUGUAAAAGGAAGAGAAGAUUGGAUUCCACGUUGCCUAAGGUGGGAGAUUUAUGUAAAGAUUUCAGCACAGUUUCUUCAUGAAGCCAUAUUUGAAAAUCCAGAGUUUGAAGUGUCAAAGAUUGUUCCAAGUGAGAGGGAGUUAAAUGAUCCUUCAUUGGCAUUAUUUGCUAGUGAAUACAUAAGAAGGGGGAUAGAUGACACUGUGCAACAUAUUGAGAGCUUAGAAAAGGCUGCAACUGUAGCAAGAAAUCUGAGUGUUGGUAGUGCUAAGAAAAGGAAACUUUCAACAACUCGAAAUGCCCAAAACAAGCCAAAAGAGAAGAGAAAGAGAAUUAUUCACAGCAUGAAAGGGGAAUUUCUUCCAAAAAGAAAAUCAAAGAGGAAGAAGGAGAGUCAGAGUCAGAUUAUAACAAUUCUCAAUGACAUGAAAAAAAUGCAGGAAAGCCAAGGGAAAGUGCUGAAGAUGAUCCUUGAGCAAUUAGAAAGACAAAAGGGAGAUGAUACAGAGGAGAGGGGUUUUAAAAAGAUAGAUGAUGAGAUUGUCAAUGAGAAUGUUGAGAGUGAAGACAUGGAAAAUGAAAACAUGGGGAAGGAUACUAUUUUGGAAGAAGAUGACACUGACCAUGGAUAUGUGGGAAAGGAUGGUUGUAACACCCCAACCCGCAUGACCCAAACCCGUGAGACAGCGGACCGGUGUGCCACUGAAUUGGUAUCCGAAUUUGCGACAUUUUCAAAACAAUUUUAAACAAACGUUCUAUCAAUACAUAUAAAAAUUCAUCGGAGUAAUUUAAAAUAAUGCGGAAGCCUUUUUAAAGUCAAACAACUUGGGAUCUUGCCCGAAAACGUAAUAAGCAUUAAAGUUAAUUAAAUAAAGCAUAAUCAACAGAUUAAAGAGACAGCCACGCCAUCGUACAUCUCCUCCUCAAUGCCCUCUGGGAUCGGCUCUAGGUUCAUCUGUCUGAUCACCUACGGACAGCAAAAAGGAAACAACGCUAUCCGCUCAGCAUUGACGCUGAGUGGUACUCCAUUG